AUGGAACUUCAGCCUUAUUCAUCCGAAUUUAAAACACCUUCAAUUAUUCUCAAUAUUGAAGAUCAUCGAAAACGAACAACAGUUCGACAUGGUCGAUGCAGAUAUUGGAUUUGUCCAAUAAUCACUGCAGCACUUCUCAUUGCUCUUGUCUUAACAGCUCUUAUUAUUCCAAUAGUUGUAAUGGCUCUUCAAACAUCAACAACUACAACGACUACGACCACAACUACUACGACAACUACAACAACCACAUCGACGACUACGACUACAACGACGACGACUACAACUACCACUACGACCACCACAACGACUACAACAACGACUUCGACAUCGACCACAACUUCUUAA